AUGGAGGCGGAGGCGCGAACCAGGGCUCACUCUUUGUGUAUGCCCAACGGCAUGAACAUCAAGCACAUGGGGUCUGAUGAAGAGAUCAUGAUGGUGUACAACGAGCACUUUGAGGAGCGCCAGUACGUCCAAAACGGGAUCGAGCUGCGCAAGGGUGACACCGUCGUCGACGUCGGCGCGCACGUGGGCCUGUUUUCAAUCUACGUGGCGCGCGCCGUCGGCGCCGCCGGGCGCGUUCUCGCCGUGGAGCCCGCGCCAGACACGUUUGCCUGCUGCACCCAAAACACCAGACCUGCGGUGGCCACCAGCGGCGGCAAGAUCGAAGCGGGGCCCAUCGAUGUUGUCAACGUGGCCUGUGGCGAUGGUAGCGUGGACACGCUAACGCUGACUGUUUACAACAGGGCGACGCUGAUGAACACUGUGGCGGCCAGCGGCCGGCAGGAGCAGCUCAUGUCGGCUUACCUGUUCUCUCAGCUGUCUGCCGGCAACUCCAAGCCGAUAGGCGGUGCGGUGGAGCAGCUGCUGUUCAUGCUGGGCCAGGCUAUACUGUCAAUCCCCAUCAUUGGGGCCCCCAUUGUGAGGUUUGCGGUGCGGACGCAUGUGCGCAACCACGUGAUGAACAGCAAGCGGGAGGUGCCAGUCAAGGUGGUCACGCUCAGCAGCCUCUUUAAGGAAAAGGGCAUCAGGUCAAUUGGGCUGCUCAAGGUCGACACCGAGUGUGCAGACCUGAUCGUGCUGCAGGGCAUCAAGCAGGCCGACUGGGCGAUGAUCCGCCAGGUCGCAAUGGAGGUCCACGAGGAGCGCUUCAAAGAGCCCGUGCUGGCCAUCCUGCAGCAGGCCGGCUUCAAUAAUAUCAAGGUCGAGUCGUCAGAGGUCACCCUGGGGCACGGCGUGUACAAUCUCUGGGCCACACGCGGCUGA